CAGGGACAGCAACACGCAGUCCAUUCAAAUGUAGAGCAGCUGGCAUGCCUCACGGAGCCAGCACCACUCCUCCCAGUGCGUGGACACACAGUUGUUUCACUUGCCAGCUUGCUUCUGAACUUUUCACGGCUAAAACGCCAUGGACCCGCUAUGGACGGACCCCGGCGCUCCGGUACGACAUGCAAAUACGUACUGUGACGUCGGUGGUCAUGUGGCUUUUGGCGUAGAUCCUCCUUGUGAUCGCCAAUUUUUUCUUUCCUGUCGCCUGUUGUCUGCUCGGUUAUCGGACCGCCGUGAGAGUGUUUAACGCACAACUGGCCUGUUUGUCGGCUUGGCAGUGUCCAGGGGAUCGGCACCGCACUACCUGAGCGUCGCGCCAAAACGGUGGGCAGGUUGGGUCCUGUCAUGCAUUGCAAGGAGACCAGUCAGCACCAGGGCUGACGCUGUCGGCGAGCCCAGCCUACACAACACUACUGCAGUUCCAUCUCUUAACGGACGUUGCCUUCCACUGUCCUGCCCUCUCUCCAGACAUUAACCUUACCCCAGGGGAACACAGACAUUUUUUGAGUCCCAUCCCACUACUACUGUUCACUACAUCUCCUAAUAAACGAGCGCCCAUUCUACUACAGGGCAUUCCUCUUUUCACAGUACUCCUUCAUCCUGGGUACUUCAACCCAUAAUCUCUUUUAAAUCAUCCCUGGCCAAGCACAAGCAUCAAGUGAGGACACCUGUCCGCCAGGGCACCCAGGAUCCACCACCAUCAUGUCCAGUCGACGGAAGGCUUCCACUCCCUGCAUGAUCCGACCAGAGCAGACAGUGGUGGAGCUGGAUGAUGAUGCAGAGGAAUCGCGCAACAUGGAGACAACAACUGAGAACCAUACUCAAGAGGGACCUAUGGAGAAACAUCUGUCAACAGAAGCGGAGCCAUCUAUGGAGUUGGAUCAAAUAAGCAAGGCUUCGGACCCUCCCACAGCUACAGACAAACCAGCGGCAGAGCCACCGGACCUUUCCAAGCCUCAACGUAGGCAGCAGGGUGGCUACGAGUGCAAAUACUGCCCCUUCUCCACACAGAACCUCAACACAUUCAAAGAACAUGUAGACGCCAACCACCCUAACGUCAUCCUUAAUCCCCUGUAUCUGUGCGCCGUCUGCAACUUCAACACAAAGAAAUUUGACACCUUAACAGAACACAAUGAAGUGUGUCACCCAGGGGAGAGCAACUUCAAAUUUAAACGCAUCAAAAUGAACAAUCAGACAAUCUUAGAACAGACAAUUGAGGGGUGCAGUAACAAUGCAAUCAUUUACAACACUCCCGGUGCCGUUUCUGGCAAAGGGGAUGAACUAGGUACUCUGCCAUUAAGCAAACCCACAACAGUCAAGAUUGGUAAACCAAAAAUAAUGUCAUCAGAUAAUAAACGGACAGACUCUCAGUUGGGUAAGCUGACCCCCGAUCUGGUCAAGAAACCAAUCACAGCAGUCAAUGUGAACGGGACUGUCAUCAUCCCCGAGCCGACACUCCUGAAAGCAGAUGGCCUUUCUCACAUUAUGCCUUCCCUGCAGCGGCCUCUAAACUAUACCCAGGUGCCGAAGAUCGCAGUGCCCCUCAACACAACCAAAUACAACCCUUCACUGGACGACAACCUGACACUCAUCUCUUCUUUCAACAAGUUCCCGUACCCAACACAGGCUGAGCUCUCCUGGCUCACAGCAGCCUCAAAACAUCCAGAGGAGCAAAUUAAAGUCUGGUUCACCACACAGCGGCUCAAGCAGGGCAUUAGUUGGUCACCUGAGGAGGUGGAAGAAGCCAGGAAGAAAAUGUUCAAUGGUACGAUCUCCUCUGUACCUCAGACAUUCACUGUGGUUGCUCCUCAACUCAACUCCCAAUCGUCCACCAACUCGUCUGCAGCCUCCAAACCCCUGCAUCCAACAGCUUCUGUCCUUCAGUCCCUCCCUUGUCAGCUCCUGGGACAGACCAGUCUGGUGCUGACUUCUGUUGCUAACGGCUCUACUGUCACUUGUGCACCACUUGCACUCACAGUGACUAACCAGAUGGCUCAGUCGCUCAAGCGACCCCUGGCCUCUCCUGUGAUCGCCACAGAGAGUAAACGACCCUCCAUCAUUCAAACCAUCUCAGCACCCUUGGCCGCAUCCAAGCUAGCUUCGCCUCAAGUGCUGAGUUUCACAGUCGACCCCAAUAAAACAGCCGAGCAGCUCUUGGUACUGAGGUCUAGCUACACGCAGUGUCCUUUUCCUGAGGAAGAUGAGAUCUACAGGCUGAUAGAGAUGACCGGGCUGUCCAGAGGAGAGAUAAAGAAGUGGUUCAGUGAACAAUGGCUUCUUAAUCUCAAAGGUAUGUACCAGGCAUCUACUGGUACAGAGAAAGCAAUAUGGCAUAGAGAUGCACACUCACUGGCCACUUUAUCAGGCACCCCUCCACCACCAAUGCUGGUGAAAGCAGAAGUGACACCAGCACCCAAAGAUGGUCUUAUAAAGAAAGCAGUUCCCAGCCAUUUUCCUCUGCUGGAAAGGGUGAAGGGAAAGUCAUCAGAGCAGCUUAAGGCACUGGAAGAGAGUUUCCAGAGAAGCAGCUCACCGACUGAGGCAGAGCUAGACCAGCUGGCCCAGGAGACCAGGCUGUCCAAGACAGAGGUGGACUGCUGGUUUUCAGAGCGCAGGGCACUGAGGGACAACAUGGAGAGGGCGUUACUUUCCAUGACCUCGAAGAACACAGAGGACAGAGUAGACCGGCCCAGAGCGCUGUUAAACGGAGCAUCUCAUCGAGAGCAAGACAGAAAACCCUUGCGCUCUUCUUCUCACCCGCCUAACCUCUCCACUUCCUCCUCCCCUCCUGUGCUCGCGGCCUCCUCCCCUCACCCACCAACCCUCUCCUCAUCAGCAUCUCCUCCCAUCCUCACUCCGUCGUCAUCCUCUUCUCCCCAUCCUCCCAUUUUGUCAGCCUCCACCAGCCCAGCUCCCAUCGCAAGCCGUUCACUCACGCUACUCCGAGAGAUGUUCUGUCGGACCCAGUGGCCCUCUCCUGAGGAGUAUAGCCAGCUGGAAAUCCAGACAAACCUGGGACGCACCGACAUCGUUCGCUGGUUCAAGGACCACCGCUCAGCACUGAAGAACGGUGAAGCUCUGGAUUGGAUGGAAGGUUUCCAAAACCAAAACCCUGUAGAGCAGCAGAAAGCAGGCCAGGAACAGAACGGCCAGAGCUCUGAGAAGAACCUGAAUGUCACUUUGGAAGUCAAGGCUGCGAAAGUGGAAGAGGCAAGUGAUAACACAGCAGCUACAGAGCACUCCACACUGUCUGAUCAAGACAAAGUCCACUGGCUGAAUGACAGAUUAGCCCACAGUGUGACAGACCUGAGCAGGACCAGGCUGGACCAGGCCAGCACUGGCACUGCUGACAAGGGGAGGUGGGUAAAGGUGACUGUGGCAGUGGGGGAGGAGAGUGAAGGAGCUGUGGAAAGACAGAUCCUGGCAACGGGCUCAGAUGUUUUGACCUCGCAGGUCACAGGCUGAUGAGUUAAUCGUUGGCUGCUGAGUCACCGACCACUGAGUGAUGACUCAAGAUGACCACAUGUGGAACAAGUGAUGUAACUGUCUGCCUGCGAUGUCAUCACAAGGCGCCAGCGACUUUGGAGUUCCACUGCUAAAGCACUGAUGCAAGGUGCAGAUUCUGACGUUAAGAGGAGUGCCAAAGCUAGAUUUGAUUCAUUGUUCUUACUACUACUACAUUUUUUAAGAAGCACCCUUGUAAAUAUUUUUCUGUAUUACAAAAAAGUUUGUACAGUUUUACUGGGAGGGCAAGUUUUGUAACAUUUUUAAAGAAAGUCUGACUUGUGCCCUAAAACCUGGAAUGUCUUGUUUUGUUGCUGUUUGAAGAUCAGAGUGUAUGAUGGUCUGUUAUUUGCUGAAAAUACGUCCUUUUUUUCUUUUGCAAAAUAUACUUGCACACUGCUCUUCAUGAGUACUUUUUGAAGGCACUUGCAUAUAUCCAGCUGUAGUGAUAGGCCACUUCAUUUCAAACUGUUAGAAAACUGUAACUUUUCCUUUUCUCCUGCAGCACCAUCUUGACUCACACUCAUAGAAUUGUGCUGGUGAAGGUGGAAAUCACUUAAAAAGUGUUUGAGGGGCAGUUAAGAGGAAUAACAGUGUUUUGGGUAUUCUGAACACAGCUCCAGCCUCACUGCAGAGAGGCAAAAAGGACACAAACCGCCACAUGGGCAGACUAAGACUAACAGCAUUAGACUGGAUGAAUGAAUGCACUGUAUGUCCUAACUUCUACUUUCCUUUCUGAUCAGCUGGUUCUUGCAUCAGUACCUGCAGCAUGUUCAAGAAACGGUGCAAAAUAUUCUGAUACAGAAACGAGAGCGGACUGUCUGAUCACACCAUGCUGCCUUUUCAGCUCUCUUAUUGACUUUUCAUGUCUGCCUCUGGUACAGACUGGUGAUGGUGAUUUCAGCGGAUCGGUUCUUUGCUUUAAAAACUUGAAGUAUUCUUGACUGAUCUUACCAAGAACAUGACAAAAUAAUCGGAGAUAUCCAUGUUACUCAGCUGUGAUCUGUGAACACACCUCAUCUGUUCUCGGGGCCUUCUGGCUUUAGCUCGGUCCUUCUAUUCAAAACAGGACUUGGUUCAUUUGAUUUCUGUACAGCCUGAAUGUAGGUUUAUUUUUGAGUCAGAAGAGAAAUGAUCAAACCUGUGCUGCUUUUCUGAACACCAGCAAAAGCAUUUGGAAUCUUUGGCAAAUGUCAUGAACUGCUUGCAUGUACUUCAACAAUUAACAACUUAUUUUCACAGUUAGUUUAAAGGCUGUUUGCUGGCAGAAUGUCUAAUGCUGCUGCUUUAGUUCCAUGUUCAGACAGGUAUCUGGGAUACUGUACAUUUGCUUGACUACUACAGAAUGUCACUGUAGUUUCAUUUUCUACUUUAAGUCUGCUGUAACCCAAUAAACACACAACUGACUGUAAAA